AUGGUCGAUAUGGAGAGCCACUACCAUCCCCCUUCGCCCCUGGAGGACUCUGUGAUGGGCAGCCCCCUGUGCGCCGAUGACGACUUCAUAGGCAGCAUGGAGGAGCUCCAGGACAUUUCCCAGUCCAUCAACAGCAGCGCCCUCAGCUCCUUUGAUGUCCCCGAAUAUCAGUCCUCUAGUAAUGGUUCUGAAGGUUCCACUGUUCUAGAUGCCCUAACACCAGCAUCCAGCCCGUCGUCAGUUGUUUAUGGUGUGGCAGCAGGCCAAGACGACUUCUCAUCUUCCUCCUCAUUGCUCAGCCUGGAGUGUCGAGUUUGUGCUGACCGCGCCUCGGGCUAUCACUAUGGAGUCCACGCCUGCGAGGGCUGCAAGGGUUUUUUCCGACGGACCAUCCGUCUGAAGCUGGAGUAUGACAAAUGUGAGCGUCGCUGCAAGAUCCAAAAGAAAAACCGCAACAAGUGCCAACACUGCCGCUUCCAGAAGUGCCUGUCGGUGGGCAUGUCCCACAAUGCCAUCCGUUUUGGCCGGAUGCCCCAGUCAGAGAAGCUAAAGCUGAAGGCGGAGAUGGUAACGGGAGACAGGGAGGUGGUAAACCCCCAGCUUGCCGACCAGAAGACACUUGCCAGGCAGAUAUACGAGGCCUACCUCAAGAACUUCAACAUGAACAAGGCCAAGGCUCGAACCAUUCUAACCGGCAAGACCUGUACCCCUCCUUUCGUCAUCCAUGACAUGGAGACCCUCCAGCUGGCAGAGCAGACACUGGUGGCAAAGAUGGUCGGCUCAGCAGGAGCGUUGAAGGACAGGGAGGCAGAAGUUCGGAUUUUCCACUGCUGCCAGUGCACGUCGGUAGAAACAGUCACUGAGCUCACAGAGUUUGCAAAGUCCGUCCCUGGGUUCUCAAGCCUGGACCUAAACGAUCAGGUGACUCUUUUGAAAUAUGGCGUGUACGAAGCCCUCUUCGCCAUGCUUGCCUCCAGUAUGAACAAAGAUGGGCUUCUUGUAGCGUACGGCUCAGGCUUCAUCACCCGGGAAUUCCUCAAGAGCUUGCGGCGGCCAUUCAGUGAUAUGAUGGAGCCAAAGUUCCAGUUUGCAAUGAAGUUUAAUGGGCUGGAGCUAGAUGACAGUGACCUGUCUCUGUUUGUGGCUGCUAUCAUCUGCUGUGGAGACCGACCAGGACUGGUGAAUGUGGCGCACAUUGAGGGAAUGCAGGAGAGUAUUGUGCAAGUACUACAGCUCCAUCUGCUGGCUAAUCACCCCGACGACAGUUUCCUCUUCCCCAAGCUGCUGCAGAAACUGGCUGACCUGCGGCAGCUAGUCACUGAGCAUGCACAGCUGGUGCAGGAGAUCAAAAAGACAGAGGACACCUCACUGCACCCACUCCUGCAGGAGAUCUACAGAGACAUGUACUGAGGGUUAUGGAGGAAUAACCAGGAGAGGCACUCUGCAAACCUAUUUUUCAGGGACAGAAGAAUCCUCCUAUAAGCUAGGUCAAACCACUUAAACCCCGCUAAUGCAGCAAGAGUUUGCUUUGGCUUCUGGUCAGCACAACAGGUCCACUUUAGGCCCUGGCAAGGGGCUGCUGAUCCUCUUGGUUUGACACAGUGCUCUCCGCUCCAUUGUGUGGACCUUCAUAGGCAGAAAAGUGAUGUAUGCAAAGAUGUGAUCUGCAUUUGAUUGAGCCCCUACCUAGUAGUAGUGUAUGCAAUCUCUGACCAAACUCUUGGAUAAAAACACUAAAUGCUGAUUUGAAGUCUGUGCUGUGACCUCCAUGGUUAUUUUUAUCCAGACCCUAACAAGCCCUAAAAUGAGGAAGGAAAGUGAACUUUAUAGUCGCCACUCCAGCAGUAUGUUUGAAAGUUUUUUUAUUCUGAUGUCAAAGAGCAAAGAGCCAUAUAUCUUCACAGCUAACAACACUCAUAUUACUUCAGUGGCAGCAGCAACAUUGAGACAAAUAAGAUACAGUUUUCAUGCAAGGCAGCUUCUGCCAAACUGGCUGUCAAUAAAUGGUGGUGAUGGUUGGAGACACAACUGUGAUGCCACCAGGAUACUGAACAUAAUCAUUUAUUUGUACUGUAAGUCUCCUAAGCCAUACUUUGUUUAUAAUGGAAAUCAUCAAUGACUUUUAAUACGCCUUUCUCUUCCUAACAAGACAACAUCAAGACUUUUAUGGAUUGUCAUUAUGCAUCACUCAACCACAAACUGUAACAAUAAAAUGUAAAAAUAACUGCAAUAGUAUUUCUAGGCUUAAGAAAAAGGAAGCAAAAUUUUAUGGUGUUUAAGAAAAUCUGAAUUUUUUAAGACACACAUCAUAAUCAUCAUAAUCACAGGCACAUAUUCACUGUGUACAUACAAUACAAAGCACAUCUCAAGCACGGACAUGCCUGUGAUAUGUUAAUAUGACACUAUUUUGUACUGGAUCUAAAUGCCUUUUUCACAAAACACAUGCUCAGAUUUGGCACUCCAUCCUGUUUUGUGUCCUGGUACUCAAGGGCUAACACCAAGAUAAACCGCAUUACAACCUUAAUACAGACAGACUUAAAGUGGAUUGGCUAGAAAUGAAUUCAUCUGUUUCUUUAUUUCUCACUCAGUGAAGCCUUGUUCCUAAAAAUUACUUUUUUCCCCUCUUUCGAUUGGUCAUUUUGUGUCUCUUCUCUUUCUCUCAUCAGUCUGUUUUGCCUUCUGUUGUAUUUCACUGGCUGUGUUUAGUUCUCAUGAUGCAUGCAGUUGAUUAAGAUUCAGGGGUCUAAUGUGCACAUUAUUUAUACAAUGGUAAAAGAAAAGCAUUGUUCUUUUUUUUUUUUUUCCAUAGAAAAUCAUAAUGGUAUUGCCUCAUAACCAAUACAUUUUCAUCAUAAGAAAAUUUUCAUUUUGGGUGAAAUGGUUCUGUUUGGCUCUUGUAGUUUCUCUAAAAUUCUUGGCAAACUGUCAAAAUCAAGAGACAAUAGCAAACACAAGCAUGUGGCUGUCGGCACUUAUUUCUUACUGCACUUAUUUGAUGAGUAAGAUACAGACAUUUUUAACAGUUAGUCAAGUGUCUGGUGAUGGAUGAAGACCAAAUACAUUUCCACAUGGUAUCCUUUACAUGCUUUGUCAUUUAACUAUGAUGAUAAUGGUGCAUGUGCACUCCUUUAUUUUGGUGUAUUACUGCCUAUAGUAUAAAAUGAACUAUCCAUGAAAUGAACCUACAUGGAAGGCCUACCACCUGCCCCACAUAUCUGCUUCUCCAACCACAAUCUCCUAAAAAUGUCAUGAAUGAAUUGAAUUGAAUUACUGACUUCAGUCACAAGAAAUGGACCUUGUGUUUAUAAUUACAUCACAUUGUAUAAACAGAGUGUACUGUACAUAGCUGUAAUGAUCACAUUGACCACUUGACCACAACGACCCAAUAUUGACCCAACUUUGAACUCAUGAGGUAUACAAGGUACUAAUGAUGGUCAACUUUUGUAUUCCUCUGUUGGUAAAUUUUUUUUAAAUGUUUGAAAUUUUACAGUAAAUGUAGUUAUGUACUGUAUGUUCUUUUUGCUUAAAUGCCACAUACUUGUGUUAUAAUUGAAUUGGAUAUUUUUAUACUAAAGUAUGUGUGAAUGACUAAAUUGAAAAAUUGUGUAUCUGAAAUGAAAAGAUUGAAUACUGUAGUGUAAAUAGACUUAAGGGUAACAGGCAACUGGUAAUCUGAAUAUCCAUAUAUCUGAAUCAUGUUGGGGUCAUUCCUUUUGUUAAUUGCUAUUUUUAGAUACAGAACCAUCAAUGCUGCAGAAUGCAUUCAGUUCAACUGAACUGUAUUUCCUUAUCUGUUAAAUUAUGCUAUUAUGAUUUAAACUGAAAGCACUCGUGGGCUGUGCAGGGCUGUACUAGCUCACAACUCUGGGUAGUUGAUUAACACUUGACCUUUUGGAUACAGUGAAAACUACAUAUAUCAUUUGAAAGCUACAGGUCAGCACUGAUCAAUACUGGUGUACUCUUUUUAUACUCUGUUCUCAGGUUGCAAAUGGGUAAUAUAUGCACAGACUUUCAUCAGAAAUCAUCUAUAUUUGCCUCCUCUUGCUUAACAAACCAUCCUGUAUUUUUGACACAUCACGGCUCUGUUGAUUAAAAAAAGAAACUGAAUGCAGUCAUAAUUUGCCAUCACAUCACAUGUUAUUAAAGUAAAGAAGAUGCAGUAAUGAAAAUGCAGUGCAUAUUGUUUUAUAAUCCUGUUUCUGUCACUCUCCUCACACGCUGCUAAUUUGUACUAACUCACCAAACAUUUCUUUUGCCAUAAAUAGAUUACUGACCUUCAAGCUGCCUUUACUUACUUAUUAUAUCUUCUCACAGAAUGUCAGUCCCACAUGCAGAAUUAAUUUAAUGCAGCUUGGUUCUUCCCUUUGCAGGUGUGCUUUAGGAUUAACCACAAAUAAUCUGUGCCUUAGCAUGUGCCCAUGCCAUAAAACACUAGAUUGAGAAAAACACUUGACUUGUACGCACACACAGUUGUAAACCAUUUGUGCCAUCAGCCAGAAUUGGUGGUUUGUGACACAAUAGGGCCACACAGACAGGAAAUGACAUCACAGCAGAUUUAGAAAAUUAUUCUAUGUACAGCAAGAGAGAGGCUCAAAAAGUGCUAUCGAGGCUUCAUUUUACUGUACAGAACAGUAACAAUGAAUGAUUUGCUUUACAAACGACAGACAUUUAAACACUAAACACAAAAUGGUUGGAACACUAGAGCCAGGCCCUAGAAUAGUCAUGUAAAUAAGUGAUGUCAGCUUAUCCUUAGGAAUGUCUUAUUUAUGUUGAAUUGACAAGGGACAUUUUAACUUGUAUCAGGGAAACCUAGUCUUCCUUUGUUGAACUAGCUCAGGACAAAGAAAGAUAUUGUUCCUCUCUAUCUCAAUCUCUUUGAAUGAGUUUAUAGUACUCUGCCUUACAGCACACAAACACCAACAAUAUCUAUUAAUAUGACCUUGUAUUUUUAUUUUCCAAAACUAACAGAAAAAUGUUACCAGAGGGCAGCAGUCAUAAGAAUUAAGUAUAUGAUUUUUUUCUUCUUCUUUUGUUUGUUUUUGUUGCUAUAGUGUCGUGCAAAGAGACAACAGAGACUGUCUUUGGAUGUGUUGAUAAUGUGUACUGUGGCUUGGUAACAAUACUGUAUAUGUUUGAUGAAUGUAUAUCUAGUCAUUUAAACAAUGGAACAAGUUGAAAUUGAAUGGAUUUCAAAAUAAAAUGAAUUAAAAAUCCACAUUUUA